CGCGGGGCAGCGCGGUCUUGCCCUCGGUGCCUGCGGGUUUCAGUCGCGCGGGUUUGCUGGGCGGCGAUACGGGGUCGAGCAUGGCCGAGCAGUUCGUGAAGAGCAAGAUCGCCCCUAACAAAGUGGUCGUGUUUGGCAAGCGCACCUGCCCUUUCUGCCACAAGGCUGUGGACUGUCUGGAAGAGCUUGGUCUGAAACCUGGGCAUUUUGAAUACGUUGAUAUCUCGAGCCGGAAAGACAUGGAGGAGAUUCAGAGCUAUUUCCAGAAGACCACGGGCGCUCGAACCGUUCCUCGUAUCUUUAUUGGAGAAACUUGCAUUGGUGGCUUUACAGACCUAGAUGCUCUUAAAAGAAGUGGAGAACUUGAGUCCAUGUUAAGGAAAAUUGGGGCCUUGUGAAGAGCGGAGAGUACUGUGGGCUGAGACUACCUCAUGCAGCAGCACAGAACACUGAAAAUGAAAUUGCAGUCUUUGCUUUCUGUUUUUCUCUGUGAUGCUUGUUGUGUGUUUCAUCAGUGAAUGAUGGUAGAGGGUUCUGUUUACUGUCUGACUUGCUAAGAAUAUGACUUUAAUUUAUUGCAUCUUUUUGAUACGUCUGUAUCACUGCUAGCACAUUGAGAACUAUCAAUUCUGACCCAGUACAAUAAAAUGUUUGUACUACAA